AUGGAAAGUUUCGACACAUACCAGACUCCGCUCUCAAGCCGAUAUGCAAGCGACGAAAUGGCCCAUUUGUUCUCUCCUUCGAACAGAUUCUAUACCUGGAGAAAACUGUGGCUUAGCCUUGCAAUUGCGGAAAAGAAGCUUGGACUACCGAUCAGCGAUGAGGCAAUCGAGCAGAUGAAGGCGAACUUGAAAUUGAAUCCAGAACAAUUUGCAAUUGCAGCACAGGAAGAGAAAAAGCGGCGUCACGACGUUAUGGCCCACGUUCAUACGUUUGGUACGGUCGCACCCGCAGCAGCGGGAAUCAUUCACCUAGGAGCAACUUCGUGCUUUGUCACCGAUAAUGCAGACCUGAUCUUCCUUCGAGAUGGCCUGGACUACCUCAUCCGCUCACUGACCGUCCUCAUUUCUCGAUUAUCCAAUUUUGCCGCACAAUAUCGAGAUCUGCCCACUUUAGGGUUCACGCACUUUCAACCAGCGCAGCUCACUACAGUAGGAAAGAGAGCUACCUUGUGGAUUCAGGAACUCCUCUGGGACCUUAGGAAUCUCAGACGAGCACGCGAAGAUAUCGGUUUCAGAGGUCUAAAAGGCACCACCGGCACGCAGGCAAGUUUCUUAGCGCUGUUCGACGGUGACCAUGAAAAGGUGGAAGAACUCGACCGUUUGGUAACUGAGUUGUCCGGAUUUGAGUAUGCGUACCCAGUCACCUCGCAGACUUACUCCCGAAAGGUCGACAUUGAUAUUUUGGCGCCCCUAGCGUCGCUGGGUGCGACUGCUCAUAAAAUCGCUACGGACAUUCGUUUGUUGGCCAAUCUCAAGGAAAUCGAAGAACCCUUCGAAUCAACUCAAAUCGGUUCAUCCGCAAUGGCCUAUAAACGUAACCCCAUGCGUUCCGAACGAGUCUGCAGUCUCGCCCGUCACCUCAUGGUCUUGCACCAAAACGCUCUCAUGACUGCUAGCGUCCAGUGGUUUGAGCGUACUCUGGACGAUAGCGCAAAUCGUCGCAUAACCCUCCCUGAGGCGUUCUUGACUGCUGAUAUCGUCCUCUCCACACUUCAAAAUGUCUCUGAAGGCCUCGUUGUCUAUCCCAACGUUAUUUCAAGGCGUAUCGCACAGGAAUUACCGUUCAUGGCUACUGAAAACAUCAUCAUGGCGAUCGUUAAAGCUGGGGGAGAUCGUCAAGAGGCACAUGAGAAGAUUAGGGUGUUGUCACAUGAAGCAGCGUAUCAGGUGAAACAGUUGGGGUUGGAGAAUGAUUUGAUUGAAAGGGUAAAGAAGGACCCUUAUUUCGGUGGGAUCAAGGACCGAUUGGACGAGCUGUUGGACCCGAAGAGUUUUAUUGGACGGGCACCGCAGCAGGUGGAUAAGUUUUUGAAGGACUGGGUGGAACCCGCGUUGGCAGACGAAAAAUCUCAGCGGGCCAUUAAAGGGGCUGCGAAGGUGGAGUUGAGUGUCUGA